AUGGGUGCGCCGCGCGGCAAGAAGAAGAGCUCCAAACAGCGUUUCGCUGAACGUCAGGCCCGAAAACAACACGCAUUCCUCAACUCGCUCCCACCCGUCGACCCCAGCUGGACCGCCAGUCUGCGUCAAGAAAGGGAUGACGAGAUACAGGUAAUUACGGAGGCCUGCGAUGUCCUCGGCAGGGAGAUUUACGAGAUCGCCCCUGAUGGUCACUGCAUGUUCAAUGCCAUUGCAGACCAGCUCCUGUGCUUGGGCAUGCUGAGUAAGGACAAGGCCGACGCCAAGCACAUGCGCCACGAAGCCUCCUCCUACAUGCUCAAACACCCUGACGACUUUAUGCCAUUCCUCCCGUCCAUCACAGGCGAAGACAGUGAAGAUGCCACUAGUCAUGACGGUUUGAUGACCUCGUCCGAGUUUAAGAAGUAUUGCAAGUUGGUUGCGGAGACUGGCGAAUGGGGCGGGGAGCCAGAGAUUCAAGCGCUCUCUCGUCGGUUCGAGAUCCCCGUGCAUGUCGUCCAGCGUGGUCCACCUACCAUAGUGUCCCACGGCGGCAACGACGACAGCUUUGGCGGCGCACUGACAGCUGAGAAGAGUGCUGCUCAAGGCGAUCGAGUGAUCCGGAUCAGCUAUCAUCGGCGGAUGUACGGUUUGGGAGAGCACUACAAUUCGCUUCGCAAGACCGAACCUGUAGCAUAG